AUGGAUGAAGAUUCAUUAUUUAAUGAAGAUGGUUAUGAUUUCCUAGAAUGUUCAAUAUGUCUAAGUACAAUGGAUGAUAUUGUAUCAUUAUUUUCAAUAUCACAUAAAGAAGGAGAUAAGCCGUGUUCACAUAGUUUUUGUAGAGCAUGCUUUCAACCUUACUUUAGGAAUAAGGUGGUGAAGAAAGAGGUGUUGGAUUGUCCGGUGUGUAGAGAGACAUUCGAUGGAUACAUUUGCAACAAGAUUGCCAAGAAAAUAUUUGAAACCUCUAAAAAGUAUUCUUCAACCACCAAGAUGCUGGAACGCGAGAUAGCAUCACUCAAACAGGAACAUCUUAUCUAUAGGGAGGGUGUAGAGCGAAACAACGCCGACAGGGGUGAGUUGGAGGAGAAAAUGAACAAACUCGAUGAGCAAAUCAAUCUUUUGGAAGCAGAGAAACAAAAGAUUAGCGAGGAAUCGCGCGAUAUCAACGACCAAUUCAGAGCGUACAAGGAUCAACAGUAUCGCGAAACCAGACAACAACAGGAGAGUAUCCAAAAGUAUAUGCAGCAGCUCAAGGAGUUAGAAGCGAACAACUCGAGGAUGAGUGAGAGUCUGGCGAAUCAAGUCAGUUGCACCAAGGCAGCCGAAGAGAAGAAUAUGAAGUUGUCGCAGCAAACACGCGAGCUUAGCCACAACAUGCACGGAUUGGAGUCGAGUCUGCAAACUGCCAAGGCAGAGCGCGAUCACGCCAUGCUGGCGACAAAGGAUUUGGAACAGCGCGCCAGACAAAAAGACAGGGAAAUAGAGCAGCUUUCCAGCAGACUGAGAGAAGCGAAUCACCAUGCCGAGGAAGCGCGACAGCAGUAUCACAGCGACAUUGAGAUGUACUCAAAGAGCAGAGACAAGAUCUGUGAGUUGGAAGGUGCAUUGACCUGCGUUAAAGUAGAGCAAUCAAAGAAAGAGGUGGAGGCUGAACAACUUCGCCAAAAGAAUAGACAGCUGGAAAGAGAAUUGGAAGACCUGAAAUCGAGAAUCAACAAUUCAAAGACCGACUCUUACCUCGACAUGAUAAAAGGAAUGUCUACUGUAACAUCAUUCUUUAGUAAACCAGUUUUAAAUGAUUUCAUUAUACCAUAUAAAGAUAUAACUACAUAUGAAAAGAGAGGAAGUAGUAAGAACAGUACAAUUAUUAGAGCAAAAUAUAAACAAGAAACUUGUGUUUUAAAGUUGAUAAACUAUUCAAAACCAAGUGCGCUCGCUUCUUACUAUUCAUCGUACUCGUCACCAGGACAUAGUCAAGAUAAUCUACAGGGUUUCAGAGAGAGUAUGAUCCUCUCAAAGCUGAGACAUCAGAAUAUAGUACGAGUAGACUCUAUCACCAAAGAUGACUUUGGACGUUACUAUUCGGUGAUGGCACCAUUCGUUCCUUUCGAUCUCGAGUAUGUACUUGCUGACCACCGUUCUAAAAAGACGUCGAUUCCAGCGAGUGACAUCAAGUUUAUCGCCUAUCAACUGGCGUCGGCAGUUGCCUAUCUCCACUCACAAGACUUGGUACACCGUGACCUGAAACCAACCAGUCUACUGGUGUUUGAUGACUACCAAAUGAGACUGUGCAGUUUCCAGCUGUGUUGUUCGAUUCUCACAAGUUCCAGCAGUCCAACUGGUCUGACCAUUCCGUCGGGCUACACCAACUACUCUGCACCAGAGAUCAUCAUGAGCAGUGGAAUCACUCAGAAGCGACUAGAUUGGAAAGCAAUCGAUAUUUGGAGUAUGGGUUGUAUCAUUGCUGAAUUGGUAUUUGGUAAAGAAUUAUUCACUCUUUCGAACAACAGCAGCAACAACAACAACAACAACAAUAAUAAUAGCAGUAUAGUCAGUAGUAGUAAUAAUAUUAUAAAGAAUAGUAGUGGAAAUAUAAUAACUAGUUUAAGUGAUAGUAGAAUGCAUCUAUUGAAACAGAUGAUCAACUAUAAAGAAUGUGCACCAGAGGAUCCAAAGUAUUUCGUAUCACAAAACAUUGGACUCUACUUCCAUCCAACACUCUCGAUAUUUAAUGAUAGACUUGUACAAAAUAACAAUAACAAAAGCAACUGUACUCCUGACAUUAUAGAUUUACUGACAAGGAUGCUGAAAUUCGAUCCCAACUCUCGUAUCUCUGCCAACAACGUUUUGAAUCAUCCAUUUUUCUCAAAGGAACCAUUUUACAACCCUGUUACCGAUCACUCUGAUAUCGCAUCUAGUUUAACUGAUAGAAACAUCAAAGAUUUCGUAAAAGAGAAAUGUAGUGGUAUUAUUUAA